CAUAUCAUAAUACCAUCGUCCUCAUAAGAAAGGGACUAAAAUAUGGCACCUAAUUAUGUUAAUAGAGUCACAGCUUCCAUUGUUGUUUUGCAUGCCUUCCUUAUCUUGACCCAAAUAUCUUGUUCUUUUGUGCUCACUCCCCCCAAAAAUUAUUCAGAUGUUGAUCUUCUCGAAUUUCCUCUUAAUUUAGAGUACUUGGAGGCUGAAUUCUUUUUAUUUGGAUCAUUAGGUCAUGGAUUGGAUGUAGUUGCUCCAGAGUUAGCAGAGGGUGGCCCUCCUCCUAUUGGGGCAAAAGUGGCCAGACUUGGUGACCUUGUUAGGGAUGUUAUAUUACAGUUUGGUGUGCAAGAAAUUGGACACUUGAGGGCUAUAAAGAGCACAGUGAGAGGAUUUCCUAGACCUUUAUUAGAUCUAAGCAAAUCAUCAUUUGCCAAGAUAAUGGAUAGUGCCUUUGGACAUCCUCUUCACCCUCCUUUUGAUCCUUAUGCAAAUGAUAUCAACUAUCUGAUUGCAUCAUAUGUGAUUCCUUAUGUUGGUCUUACUGGUUAUGUUGGAGCCAAUCCACUAUUGCGAAAUGCUACUUCCAAGAAGCUAGUUGCAGGCCUUCUAGGAGUAGAAGCAGGCCAAGAUGCAGUUAUAAGAACAUUGUUAUACGAACGUCGAGCAUGGAAGGUGCAUCCUUAUGGAGUAACUGUGGCAGAGUUCACUAAUCGUAUCUCAACCCUUAGGAAUAAAUUAGGGAAUGAGGGUGUGAAAGAUGAGGGUCUUGGAUUCACAUCUCCUUUCUCAGGAAACAUCCUUUCUGCUGAUAAUAAUUCACUAUCAUAUCCAAGGACUCCACAAGAAAUAUUGAGGAUUAUAUAUGGAAGUGGUAAUGAGAGUGUCCCUGGUGGCUUCUACCCUAAGGGAGCAGAUGGUCGUAUAGCAAGAUAUUACUUACACGAUACUUAAUUAGAGUUAUUGAAAACUAAUUCUCUAGGUAUUAUCUCUACUUUGUAGAUUAAGACCAUGGAGAGUAAAUAUAAGAAAAAUUAUGUGUAUGGACAUCCAUACACCUUGUGUAUAUCUUGAGAGAGAAGUAAAUAAAAAUGGUGAUGUGAUAUAUA